CCGGCUGCGUGACAUCAGCGCCGGGCAAGUCACGACACGUACCGGGCGGCAGGGGGCGGCGCACCAGCUGGAGCAAGAAAACAAGCCCGGGCCGCUGCCGAGCCGCACAGCCCGGCCGGCCCCCGCCCCUCGCUGGGCGCUGAGCCCCUGGGCCGGAGCAGGCAGGAGCCGGCCAGCGGCAGGAAGCCCCGGGAGCUGCUCAGACCAGCGGUGGGCAUCGCGGGAGCGCGGCUUUCCCGGGGAGCGCGCUGCCACCCGGCGUGCAGAGGCGAGAGCUGCCCAGCGCUCUCUUGGACCCCCAGCGCUUGCGGGACCAAGGGGGAGGCGCAAGCCGGGGGUGCUAAUCGAUGUGAGAUCCAGCAGCGAGGCAGGGGCAUGGGCCAGCCCUGGGCCAACGCGCUGGCCGGCGCCGCUGCGCGCGGGGAUGUGGAGAGAGUGAGGGAGCUGCUGGACCAGCGUGCGGACCCCAACGCAGUCAAUGUCUGCGGCAGGACACCGAUCCAGGUCAUGAUGCUGGGAAGCACCAAGGUGGCGGAGCUGCUGCUGCAGAGCGGAGCGGAUCCGAACCGCCCGGACCCCAGCACCGGCUCCCUCCCGGUGCACGAUGCGGCACGAGGAGGUUUCCUGGACACCCUUGUGGCGCUGCACAGGGGCGGGGCUCGCUUGGAUCUGCGCGACGGAUGGGGCCGCCUCCCCGUGGACCUCGCUGUAGAGAGCGGGCAGCAGCAAGUGGUCCGCUACCUCCGAGCCCAGCCUGGAAGGAAUGUGGCUCCGCCCCAGGAAUAGGGCACGGCCGGGCCGAGGGCUCCGUGCGGGGCGCCAGCGCUGCCCGGCUGAGACACGUAACGCACUGAACUGCGGGCAGCAGCUAUGUCUACAGCAGCCAGGGAGCAUGGCCCAGGACAGCUGGCAGCCGCCGGUAACCUCACACAUUGCACUAAAAAUCCCAGGGCGGCAGUGGCCCUGUGACCACCGCUCCUUAAAGAUGAACCACACCGGGCGAGCCUAGUCUAAUGCUGUGCUCUCGCUAUAUUUAUGGAAGAGUCUUCAUCAAUUGGUGUUAUGUUUUAGGAGGAAAUAUAAUUUAUUGUCCGUUUUUCUUGCAUAGGAAUAAUGUAAAUAUGCCGCUUUAAAAUGUUGUCAGAAAUGCAAGCACGAUCUUUGUUCUUGAUGUUAGAUUUUUACUUGACACAAAUCUGGUUUUUCUUGGAACAAUAAGCCUUCAAACACUACCAGUGUGAAGGAAACCACUAACGUAAAUAUACCUCUUAAAUGAAUAAAUUAAUAGCAGUCUGACAGAAACCAAAUCUUUGCUUAUUUCUUGGGUUGCAGUUUUCCUUACCAGAUCUGGAAUACAAACAGAUAGUGUGGGGAUUUUCCAAGAGAUACAGACAGGAUAGAAGUUAGACAUUUUUUAAAAAAAUAUAGAAACCAAAGAGAAUCUAGGACUGGUAGAUCCCUAGGGCCAGAUCCAACACCAAUUUAUGUUAAUGGUUGACUUUGAUUUUAGUAGAGUCUAUAUAAGGCUCAUAGUGCUAAAAUGAUCAGGCAACAUGUUUUUAGAUAAUUAGGUAUUCCUAUUUGCAUUUUAGACACCUAUUUUAAUUUGACUGAAGUAAACCGUACCCUGAGGUAAUUUAAGAUGUUAAGUCACCAAUUAAAGCAAUACAAUAUUUACUGUGUGUCCCACAAAGAUUCAGAACAUAAGACU